AUGACAUAUUUCGAUCCUAGAAAGGAAACUGAACUCUGGGUCGACGGAAGUCCAGUUGGAUGCUCAGGAAUACUUAUUCAAAACGGCAAAAUAGUAUCAUAUGGAAGCAAAGCAUACAAUUCAGUUCAGACGCGAUAUUCUCAAACAGAAAGAGAAGCUUUGAGUGCUGUUAUCAUGAUUCAGCAUUUCCAUUUGUAUUUAUUCGGCAAGAAAUUUAAACUUAUAACAGAUCAUGCUGCACUUCAGUCAAUCUUCAACAAUAUAAAGACAAUGCAGUCACCAAGAUUAGAACGUUGGCGUUUGAAGUUGACAACGUAUGAUUUUCAAACAGUUUAUAGACCAGGUAAAAUGAUGAUAUCAGAUUAUCUUUCCAGGCAUCCACAUGCAAGACACGAAACAAAUACAGUAGCCGAGCAGUAUAUCAGCUUUAUUACUGAUAACGCUUUGCCAGAUGCAUUGAAGCUGUCAGAUGUAGCAAAAGCUACCGAAACGGACUGUAUAUUAAGCUGUGUAAGAAAUGCGUUAGAACAAAAUGACUGGAAAACUCAAAAAUGCAAAUUAGAUGAAAGUUUUCGGUUAUACGAAAAUUUGAAUAAAAAUCAAGAACUUGCAGUUGCAUAUACGGAAGAUGGAUUUGUGCUUUUACGGGGUACAAAACUUUGCAUACCAGAAAGUUUGCAAAAACAAACUGUUAUGCUUUCGCACGAAGGUCACCAAGGCCAAUCAAAAUGCAAAGGAUUAUUACGUGAAUACUGCUGGUUUCUACAUAUGGAUAGAAUGGUAGACGAAAUGUGUAGAUCAUGCAUUGUAUGCCAAGCUGCAUCAACAAUAAUUAUUCCAGACCCGAUUAAACCAACAUUACUACCACGAGAUGUGUUCUCUGAAGUCAGUUGUGACUUUUGUGGUCCAUUUCCAGACGGUUACAUGUUACUAUUUGUUAUAUGUGACUACAGUAGAUUUCCAGUAGUUGAAAGAAUCAAAUCGACAGCCGCAGAUACAGUCAUACCGCGAUUAGAGGCGAUAUUUUCGAUAUUCGGAUAUCCAGAGGUAGUGAAAACGGACAAUGGACCUCCGUUUCAAAGUCGCGCAUUCAGAGAAUUUGCUGAUAAUUCGGGAUUCAAACAUAAACGAAUCACUCCAUUGCACCCACAGGCAAAUGGAAUAGUUGAGAGAUUUAUGGCGCCACUGCAAAAAGCAAUUAAAACAGCGAUAGCGUCUAGACAAGAUUAUAAAAGAGCGUUAAGUAGAUAUCUUAUGAAUUUCAGGAACACACCACAGACAACUACACAAACAGCUCCUAGUGAAUUAAUGUUCAAUCGUAAAUUAAAGACAAAAUUACCAAAGAUGACAUUUGACAACAAAGACACAGAUAUUAGAGACAGGGACAGUCUAUCAAAAACGAAAAAUAUACGCUGA